UGUCGUUUGUUUACUAGUAACGGAUGUCUUUUUCACUUCUUUUCGUUUACGUUCUUUGAUGAUUAUUGCAGGUUUUUUGUGUUUUUACAGUUUCAAUUAGGUGUAAGAAAUUAACAAUGUUAAUGUUUUAUAACUAUGCGCUUUUCUAAACUAUUAACUUCCAGUACAUUAUAACCUAUGAAUAGGGUCUUUGAUAUCGUUUCUGGAAAUAAUAAAAAGUACAAAAUGGCAGAAGAUAUAUUGAGCAAAUUUUACACAUGCCUCAAUCUAAGAUGGGAAGACAAAUUAUGUGAACUGACCAAAAUCAUUGAUCACUCAAGUCCCACUAAGGAGUUACAAGCACUGUUUCCACAGUUAAUUAAUAACAUAUUUGCAUCAUCAUUCAGUAAUGGCUGGAAUCUGAAGACUAUCACCUGUGAUGCUAAUAAAGGCAACAGGCAAUUGUUUGAAGGACUCAUUGCCUUUCUGGAGCCUCAAGGUCCAAUGUUUAGACUGUGCUAUAAGUUAAUGUCUGAUCAACAACUUAAAUAUGAUCUGCCCCUCAAUGUUUUACCGCUGGAUUUACAGAUGAGCUUGGAGAGAGGCAGAUGUCCCCAGUUCUACACAGACAUGCUCAUAAUGGAUUCACAGACAAUGAACUUUGUUGCUUUGUCAUUGAAUCCAUUUGACUACUAUAUCUUCAACUUUGCACUACAUCUGGUGAACAACAACCAGCAACAGAGUACAUGGGAGAACUGGAAUAGUGUAUACUUUGCCUUGGCAUGUGACUACCUUAUGCACUUCCUGCCUUCAGACCCUAACAUUCCUGUAGUGCCACACAUACCCAACUACACGGGUAAAGUUGCAAUGGCUGCCCCACUACAAACAGCUAAUAGGCCAUUACAUACACCGUCCCUGCUACUAAUACCGGAUCUGUGUGGCAUGAGCAAUCAGCACACAUCUCCUCAAACACAGUCCAGGAAUGAGGUGUGGCGCUCUGAGACCGUACUGCAGGUGUUCAUCGAUAUCUGGAUGAGUGUUGAACAGUUCAGUGCUAGAGAUGUUGAAUUAUUUCAAAGGGGCUACCAGUCCAUGUGUUCAAGUCCAGAGAGAGUGAGGACAGUCAGAGUCCUAGUGAAGCACAUCCAUUCGUAUUCAGCGAAGCAUCUUGCAGACCCCGCGGCGCGGGCGUCGGCACUGCGCAAGUACGCGAGGCAGAUCAUGUGCGCACGCGCAUAUCACUACGUUAAGCAUCUAGUUCAAACGUGGCCUUUAGAUGCGUCUUUCCGACUUGUCUUGGAACUGUGGUUGAGUCUUAUACAACCGUGGAGAUAUACAGAUAACACUAUUAACCAAGACAGGUUCCCAGGACACAACAACAACCAGGAGGAGGGCAGCAGCGGCGCGCUGGACGGUAGCUUCACGCAGUUCAUAGCGGAGAACUUCCCCUCAUACACCUGCAUCCUGCAGCUUGUGCUGCCCCGUUUCAUGAGGAUGGACCUCACUGCCUACAAGAAUGCCGUCAUGUUGUUUCGCUUGGGGAAGGUGUUUUCUCAGCAACAUUUAGUCCCUAUUUUGUGGAAUUUGGAGCGGGCCAUGACAGAUGGCGGUAUAGGAUUACUUCACAGCCAUGACACCAGUUACAAUAAUUCGGCACUCGAACAAAGCUACACAUACAAUGGUGUUCCACUACACAAAUGGGUGGGUAUAGCUAAACAGGCUAUAUCAGAACUGAAUAUGAGUACAACUUUCGAAUACGAGCCCGUUUGGAGCGAAAAUAAAACAUUCUUUGCAUUGGAGUUUGUUAAGAAAAUACUUGCAGCCAAAAUGGCGGCGGACAAUAUUGCUGAAGAAUACUGCAACAGGUUCCGACAACAACAUAAAGGGAUAUGGAGUAGCGUAAAACACUGGUUUAUGGUCAAUGAUACAUUUGAAGAAGAAAUACUGUUGGAUGAAUGCAAGAAAGUUCCCGUUUACCUAAACAACUGUAUUAGUUACUUUACGAACAUAUUUGGGCUGAAUGAAAGUUCUAUACUCCCGCCAGACCCAGUAGUGGCAGAUAGUGCACUAGAACACUCCUCGUUUACAAAUUCUACAAACUUUCCGCUCAAUAUAACCAACAAGCUCCGCAGUAAACCAACAGCUGUACGAUACAUGGGUGACCCAGAUCUGAUGCCGAUAACAUCGUACGAAAGCACAAUACUAGUCAGGAUACUUUACCAAAUAUCCUCCAAGAUAAAUGAGAUUUAUCGUGAAGAAUUUUCAAACCUCUACGUGAGUAACAGUUUUUGGGGAUACAUAGCGCGAGAAGUUCUUGAGAAACCUUGCACCAUCCGAACGUACGUGAAAGAUGUGGUCAGUCAUCAAAACGUCAUCACUCAAGAGCUGCCGCCGAGGCUGUCUCUCAGAAAGCUAGGCUCCCACUCCUUCGUGAUUUGGAUCACCGUUGGCUACAUAAUAUUCAAACUGUUAUCCUAUAAUGGUUUCACGUACAUAUUUAUACUGCUAAUGUUAUGGAUGAUAUACGUGUUCACAAAAGCGACAUUGAAAAUAUUGAAGAAUAUAAGAGCAUAAUUAUGUAUUUAUUGAUCAGUAAUGUUUAAUGAUAAUACUAAAAUAAAAUUCGUAUUUUUUAUAAUACAAU